AAUCUCAACUUCAGUAUAUUUGAAUUCAAUAACAUUUCAAACCUAUAAACUUCAAAUUUUGGAUCCGUUUAUUUCCAAAGUCAACCACACUACUAACAUAGGCCUGCUAAGAAAAUAGAAAUAACAAAGAAACAGACAAGAAGACCAAAUAAUUGUAUGAUCUCAGUGUUCAUAAGAUGCUUCCAUGUGGCAACAUGUAGAGAAUAACAAAAAAACUAUGUCAAUAGAGUAAGUGGAAAUAUUAAAAACUAUCAAUCAAUGUCUAUGCACAUUCAUAUGUUGUUUCUCAUUUUCUAUGUAGCAGGUAACAAACUACUAGUUGUCAUAAAGAUAAAAGUUGGAAAACUGGAAAUAUUCAAAGUGAUACAAAGAUGGACUUUUAAUAAAUAAGAUGUAAAACUUGUAGAUCCAGCUGUUAAGAGUUGUUUAAUAUACUUUUUACACUUUGAUUGUUAAUUAGAGCAAUUUGAAUUGGUCAUUUAGACAGCUCUUUACUAACAACUAGUGUGUUACUAUAAAUAGAUAGGCCAAUGAAUCCUCUAAAGGCAUCAGUUCUCAACUGAAAAACUAAACUUGUCUUCUUUCUUCUUCCCUUAACUAGCCACAUUUGGGAGGCUAGGUGGUGUAUUUUCCUGAAAAAUGAGGCUUCACGGUGGCGGCCCUGCCAAGGGUCGUCGACAUUUGCCACAAAUUUUAGUGGCAUUGGCCAUAUUGGCUGUUGCUAAUGUAGUGUCAGCAGACCCUUAUGUGUACUCUUCUCCACCACCUCCAACGUAUGAGUACAAAUCACCACCACCUCCUUCGCCUUCUCCACCACCACCUUAUGUGUACAAAUCUCCACCUCCUCCAUCACCUUCUCCUCCGCCACCAUAUGUGUACAAGUCUCCACCUCCUCCGUCACCAUCUCCACCACCACCCUAUGUGUAUAAGUCUCCCCCACCUCCAUCGCCAUCUCCACCACCACCAUAUGUGUAUAAGUCUCCCCCACCUCCAUCGCCAUCUCCACCUCCACCAUAUUCCAUAUUACUACAAGUCUCCACCUCCACCUUCACCAUCACCUCCACCACCAUACUAUCACAAAUCUCCAUCACCGCCUUCACCAUCACCACCCCCGCC